AUGGCCGACGACGCCGCGCAAAGAGCCCUUGUGGCGCGCGUUGCCGCCUUCACGCCUGAAGAGCGCCGCGAGGCUGCUCGUCAAGAGGCCGAGCGCCUGGAGGCCGCUCGCCUCGAGACGGAGUGCCAGGAAGCCGCGCGCCUUGAGGCCACCCGUCGCGCCGAAGAGGAGCGCGCGCUUGUUCUCACCGAGCAGGCCGCCGCCGCCACCUCAGCGCUUCAUGCCCAGGCCAUGGCGAUCCUCAACGUCAAGGCCCUGGUGCCCAUCGUCCUCGACUUUUCCUCGCCGCACUACAAUCGGUGGCGCGGCCUCUUCAUGAACACUCUUGAGCGGUACGCGCUGGCCGAUCACGUUCUCUCCGAUGCGGAUCUCUCCGACGAUCCUUCGUGGAAACACAUGGACGCCACCGUCCUCUCCUGGCUCUACGGCACCAUCAACCCCGAGCUCCUUGAGGCUGUGAUGAACCGCGAAGACGGCCCUCCUACUGCUCGCAUCGUCUGGCUAGGCCUCGAGCAGCAGUUUAUUGGGAACAAGGAGACUCGCGCUCUACUCCUUGACGCCGAGUUCCACACAUUUGUCCAAGGGGACUUGACCAUCGACGACUACUGCCGCCGCCUCAAGACGAUGGCCGAUCAAGUUGCUGACCUUGGCGAGCCGGUCCGCAAUCGCACCCUCGUCCUCAACACCCUCCGCGGCCUCAACGAUCGCUUCUCCUACCUGGCAGCCCUGAUUCAACGACAGCGUCCCUUCCCGUCCUUCGACGCCGUCCGCUCCGAUCUCCGCCUCACCGAGAUAACCAUGAAGGCCAAGCAAAGCUCCCCGGCGCAAGCUUUUGCUGCCUCUACUCCGCGCGCUCCUACACCGCCGUCGGCGCCUCCUCCUGCCAGCAAUGGCGGCUCCGGUGGCCGCAACAGGACGCGGCGCGGCGGCGCCAAGAAGAACGGGGGCGGCGGUCCAUCCGCCCCGUGGUCUCCAGGACAGCCAUCCUAG